AUGCAAUCGAGAUCACCUAUUGGAUUUGAAGGUCUACUUUCUAAUGAAAAGAGACCUCAUAUCGGUUUUGAACAAUAUGAAGAUGAACCAAAGGAACAUGUGAUGCCUGUUUAUCCUUUAAAUGAUACCAUGCCGAAUCUAAAUCAACCUCUUGGAAACAACUUCAUUGAUUCGAAUUAUUUAUCAUCUAGUGCCCAACCAAUGCCAUCUUCUUUACAUUUAUCCAAACAGAAUACUAAUUCUUCUACAUCAACAAAAAAGAGCCUUUCAUAUCCACAAUUAUUUGCUAUUUACAACGAAAUUGUGAAUGAAUGGUCUCAAGUAGAAUGGCUUAUAUUUGUUGAUAAUCAUAAAGAGACUUAUUUAACAUUAUAUACUAAUACAAAAGAAUAUAUAACUGUGCAAAUGGCUAUUAGUCAAUAUAAUCUUAAAAGUGGUACAACAUUGCUUGUUUCUCUACCUGAAUGUUUAUUAAUUCGAACAAAGUCAAAAUCAAAAAGUUUAUUUUUACCGAAUUCAAACAUAUCAAUUGACAAUUUAUUAGAAAAUAAUAUUUCUCAACAAUUAUUUCGAUAUAAAUUAUUGGCUAUUUUAUGUGAUUCAAGUGAAACAAAUAGUAAAUUAAUGUUUUAUAAAGAUAAACAAUCUAACAAUUGGUAUGUUUAUUAUAAUCAAUCGAUAUUAUCACCUUCUCAUUCUAAUAUAUUAUCAAAUGAUGAGCAAUUUCAACUUGAAUCAUUUGUUCAACAAAAUAAUGAAAUAAAUCACAUUGAUCUAUCGAAAUUUACAUCUCCAUUAUCAGCUUUGCUCACUCAUCCAAUUAUUUAUGUAUAUAUACCAGAAAAAAAUUAA